UCCAAAACAUCAAAACCACAUAUGGAAUAAGUAGAAUUAGCUGGCAAGGAGAUCCAUGCGUCCCUCAACAGUUUAUAUGGGAUGGCUUAAGCUGUAGCAACACGGAUAUGGCUACACCACCAAGAAUCACUCAUUUAAACUUGUCUUCAAGUGGUCUAACAGGAAACAUAACGGAUGGCAUUCAGAAUCUUACAUUACUAGAAACUCUGUAAGUAUGUUCGGUGUUAAUAUAUAGGAGGCAGCAAAUUGUUAUAUGGAUUCAAUUUUUUUUACUAAUCUUGAAAACAUUAGGGACCUGUCCAAUAAUAAUUUGAUUGGAGAGGUGCCAGAGUUUUUAGGCAAUAUGAAAUCGUUGGUGUUCAUGUAAGUUUGUCUUUACAUUAUUUGGUAGUAGUUUUCAAAUUUCCACCUCAGUUUUUUUCAUGUAUAUAAGUAUGUCCAAGUUUGAUCUCUCUUUUUUUUUAAAAAAUAAACAGAAACAUAAGCAUGAACAAUCUUAGUGGUUUGAUUCCUCAGGCUCUUCAAAGGAAAGGACUAGAGUUAUUUUGUCAAGGGAACCCAAGACUUUGAAUCUCUGGUUCAUGCCUACCUGCCAAACCCAAGCCAUUUCCAGUGGCAACUUUCGCAUCAGUAGCAUCUGUAGCUAUUAUCAUUGCUGUUUUGGUACUUACUUUUGUUGUAAGGAAGAAAAAGCCGUCAAUUGUGGGAGCUCAACAACGGCCGCCUAGUAUAUCAUCAGCUGUGAAUGUUACGUAUGCAAAUUCACCGGUUUCAUCAAUCCAAACCAAUAAGAGAAGUUUUACAUAUUCAGAGGUCAUUAAUAUGACAAACAACUUCCAAAGGGUUGUUGGGGAAGGAGGAUUUGGAAUUGUCUACCACGGUACUCUAAAUGAUUAUGAACAAGUAGCUGUUAAGCUCCUUUCUCAAUCAUCAACUCGAGGCUAUAGACAAUUCAAGGCUGAAGUUGAUCUUCUUAUGAGAGUUCACCACACAAAUUUGGUAAACCUAGUAGGAUAUUGUAAUGAAGGAGAUCACUUGGCUCUGAUAUACGAGUUUGUGCCCAAUGGGGACUUAAGACAACAUCUGUCUGGGAAAGGAGGAAGAUCCAUCAUCAAUUGGGGUAUUCGGCUACGAAUAGCUGUGGAGGCUGCAUCAGGUUUGGAGUACUUACACAUUGGCUGCAUACCACCAAUGGUUCAUAGAGAUGUCAAAACCACAAACAUAUUGUUGGACGAGCAGUUUAAGGCCAAGCUUGCUGAUUUUUGGCUGUCAAGAUCUUUUCCAGUUGUAGAUGAAUCUCAUGUUUCGACGAUGGUUGCUGGUACUCCUGGAUACCUUGAUCCCGAAUAUUACCGUACAAAUCGGUUGACCGAGAAGAGCGAUGUGUACAGUUUCGGCAUUGUGUUAUUGGAGAUGAUCACAAACCAACCCGUGAUUGACCAAUCCCGUGAAAAGUCUCACAUAACAGAGUGGGCUGGGUUUGAGGUAAAUAGUGGAGAUAUUAGGAGUAUCAUGGAUCCAAACCUUCAAGAAGACUACGACUCUGAUUCUGCAUGGAGAACUUUUGACUUGGCAAUGUCAUGUGCAAACCCUUCUUCCAAAAGACGCCCAAGCAUGUUUCAGGUUGUUGUGGAACUGAAAGAGUGUCUUGCGUCUGAAAAAUCGAGUAGAAAUAUGAGUAGAGGCAUAAUGGACUCUCAUAGAUCGGAUGAAGUGACUGUGCUCGUUGAUACUGAGAUGUUUCUUGUAGCGAGAUAGAAUGACUCUUUAGGAUCUGAAGAACCUACAUGUGUUUGUGUAAUACGCUUUUGGAUAUAGAAGUAUUGCCCAAAAGGAAAAAAUAAAUAUUCUAUUUUCACUAUUUAUGAGUAAGAUUUUAUGAAAAUUUUGAACAUGAGUUUGGCCACUUGGAUGGUUCCUGGUGGAAAAGGGAUCGCGUCCUCUGUAUUAGCUUUCAAGUGUUGUCUUAUUGUAAUUCUAAUAUGGAAUCAAAUGAUUUGAUCGUAAAAUAGUUUUUUUUUGUGCUAAAUACGUAAAAUAGUUUUAAGAAACCUAUUAAUUAAACUUGUAAAUGUAUAAUUUGACUCGGCAAAGUCUCUCUUUUAGCCUAUACAUUCUACUUUUAUCCUUCGCAGCCUGGUCAAUGGUUUUCUUGUUGCCCGUAACUUCCAUCAUUCAUAUUGUUCAAGCGCAAGACCAACAAGGUUUUCAGAAGUAUUUUUGGUUUUCGGAAGUGCAUUCUCUCGAGAAAAACAUGUUGCCC